GAAUUCCAAAAAUUUGCCGAAUGCCAAAUCUAAAUUAGGAAGGCAACAGCUCCAAUUUUCAUUUUUACGAAACAAUUUCAGAGAGACGAAACGAAAACUAUUACAGAGAUCAGGCGAAUUUCUAAGGGCACUUGAUUUGAAUAUCGGAUAAUGGAUCUUAACCCACCUGCAGGGGAGGACUAUGCACACCCACAGAUAUGUUUUUUCCAUGUGCUCUUCAAGGCAGCAGCAUUAGCGUUUUAUAUUCUGUCAGCUUUAUUUGUUGAUAGUUUUGUUAUCAUCUUUGUGACAACUGUUCUUUUAGCUGCUCUUGACUUUUGGGUGGUUAAGAACGUCAGUGGACGUAUCCUCGUGGGUUUAAGGUGGUGGAAUGAAAUAGAUGACAAUGGCGAGAGUGUGUGGAGAUUUGAGUGCCUUGAUCAAGAGUCAAUGGCUCGCAUGAACAAAAAGGAUUCCUGGCUGUUUUGGUGGACUUUGUACCUAACAGCUGUUGCUUGGUUCUUUCUGGCGAUAUUCUCCCUCAUUAGGUUCCAAGCUGAUUAUCUUCUCGUUGUUGGAGUUUGCUUGACUCUCAGCGUCGCUAAUAUUGUUGGUUUUACUAGAUGUCGCAAAGAUGCUAAGAAGCAGCUUCAAGCAUUUGCAACCCAGACUCUCACUUCUCGGUUCUCCUCUACUCUACAGUCAGCAUUUAGUGUUGUUUGAACAAUUUAUACAGAGCAAGCUAGUCGUGGGAGGAAACUGGUCGUCAGUGUCCACUACUACGAACAAUCAUGUAUUGAUUAUAUAAUGGUGUUCUGUAUACGCUGUGAAAUUAUGAUGGCACAUAUCGGAAGGGUGAUUAGGAGAUUUUUUGACAUGGUGUUUAUUUGGACUUCUCCUUUAUCGAGGUCUUGUACAUGAAGAACAUGAACGAACUGGAAAAACAUUUUUGUUCCUUUCUGUUUUCACGAAUCCAGUUUCUUCAUUGUAUUUUUCUUUUCCCACCACGCGCAGCUGUUGAAUAGAUAUAUGGACUACAUGCAUAAAUGUAUCUGAAAUUUGGCAUUCAA